UUUAAUUAUUUGUAUACUUUGCUAAACGUUAGUCCAUUUAAUAAUUAUUUACCAACAUGCCGUUUAUGAUAGGGAGGGAGCCUGUCAGGCGAACAAUAAAGUAUUUAGAAGCCGGAAGUUUGGUUCUAAAGGAUGCCAUUCAGAUUUUCUCAAUCAAUUACAAUACUCAUGGCAUUGCCAGCUCCGGAAUAAGAAAUUUUAUCUUUUGGCACUUACCACAGUUAAUGUUUAAAAAUCCUGAUGUGCAAAUUGUAACUAUAAAGAACAGAACACCGACACCUUUUGUAUGGUGCUUUUAUGAUAAUGGCAAAAGAAUGUUAGUUGAUGUUGAUUCAAAAAACAAAGAUGAAAUAUUGGAUCACCUUAUUAAGGUAGUUGGUAAAUCUAAAGAAGUUUUGAAAAAAGAAGCCAUAGCCAAAGAAAAGAAGGACAAUCCAGCUAACUUUGGUGUUGGCUGCGAGAAAAAUUGUGCUUGUAUUAUUCCAGGACAGUUGCCUUGUCCUGCUGUAGUUCCACUACCUUUCCAUAUGAGAGGGAAAACUUAUCUCAACAAAGAUUAAUUUUUUACUAACUGUUUCUAAGAAAAAUCAUUGCAACUAUACUGUAAAUA